GCCCGGCGCGUAAAUCAAACAUGGCGGACUUUGAUGAUGGCUGAAGGAAAACAAGGUUUUCACGCCUUGUUCUCUCGACUUUGCGAGAUCGCCUUUUCCUCAGAGGCAGCCAAACGAGAGGACAACUAUACUCGAAUACGAUUCACGAGGUCAAGGCGAGCAAAGCUGCAGCAAUGUCUCUAUGAGCGAUUCUUUCGUGAACUCCAUGCUCCUUGGGCCCUGGAAGACAACAACGGGGAACGUUUGGACAAAACCAGACGAGAUUCGAGUGACUUUGACGCAUAUGAUCGACUUGCUGUGAUAGCGUACAAUCUACGGGUGGAGAGAAAAUUCGAUCAAGCUGAUGCUUUGGAGUAUCUGUCUGCCAAAUGGAGAAGUUUACCUGGUCAACAGAAAGGAAGUUUUGAGUUGGUGGGUGAAAGUGCUGUCAUAGCUGAGCCAGAAGCCAUUAUCCGGUUUAUUGUCGCACUAGAAGACUCACAGCCUAACAUAGAUACUGCAGUCCUUGGCUAUCAGUCACAGCCAUGGAGCAGCAACAAGCUUUAUAAGGAAGUUAAGAGCAUUCUGCCAGAAGGUCCUUUGCUAAACACUGAUAGUGACAAGCUCAGAAAAGAGGCUUUGCUCCAACCUCAUUAUGUUCAUUACUCAGUGGAUCUGUUUGAGAGAGUGCCAACCCUGGGAUCAAGUGUUGAACAGCAGCCUUGUGGAUUGUCAACAUUUGAGCAGAUCGCAAGGCCCACUCAAGGUCGCCAGAGAUUUUUCACUUUACAGGAGGAAGCGGAAGAGUUCCAUGAUGAAAAGACAAGAAAGUCUUUAUUUAGUGCCUUGACACAUGCUAGAGCUGAUGAUAUGCAAGUUAGGCUUGGCCUACCAGAUCUCCCUAUGGACCCUGCAAGCAAGACAUUUGGAUUGUCAUCGUUGGAAGAAUUGCAGUCACCAGAAGAUGAAGGGUUUCACGAGGGCUCAGAGCAGUCCAAAGACACCUCCUUGCCUGCAAUGCCUGAAAAACGUCUUGAUCUGGCCGUGUGGAGUGCUGCCUUGCAGUUAGAGCCUCAAAGGUUUUACACAUGGGAGAUGGGAGGAAGGAGAGAUGCAGAUUGUGAGAAGCCAUACAUUACUGAAGCUGGCCCAGCUGUAUUUGAUGAGCUGUACAACUCACUAAACAGACAAGUGUCCUUCCUUGUAUCAACUCCCACCCACUAUAGACUGGUGUCUUUGAGAGCUCUUGUCCAUGCUUGUUUGAAUAUCCUGAUUGGUGUUCCAUCGUCAGCUUUUCUCUUGGAUAAGGACUCCGUGGAUUUUAUUGUGAAUGACACUGUUCGACUAUCUGGCUGUUCCCCUGAUCUUCUACAUGAUGGCCUGAGAAAGCUUGCAUCCAUCGGCACUGAUUACUUCCAUGUGGCUAGCUUCAGCCGUGAUGAGGCCCAGCAAUCAGGAGGGCUUGUUAUGCAAGCAUUCCUUGGCAGUAUCAAGAGCUACCUGCAGUGUUACAGGGCAGUGGUGCUCUCUAUCAAAGAAUCAGAUGUACAAAGUCCAUUACAGUUGACAUUCUUUUUCCAAAGUUGGGGGAAGCAGCUGAGAUUCCUUGCAGAUAUGUGUAUGUGCUCCAGCUCAUUCAGAAGAAAAGGUGGACCAACCUCGAGAUUACCAACUGGUGUGAAGUUGCUGACGUACCUGUACCAGAUGGCUCUAGAGCAUGCCAGUUCACCUCUCUACCCUGUGUUGCUGUCCCUUCUCAAGCAGAGCUGUGCACCAUACAUCAUGUUUGUACAGGACUGGGUGUUCAAAGGUGUAUGUAAGGAUACAUUUGGGGAGUUUAUUAUAGAAGUAGACGACCAUUUCUUAGCCUAUCGUGAUAAACAUUACUGGAGUCAUGGGUUCGUGAUGAGUGAAGAUGAGAGACUUGACUGUGUGCCCAUGUUUUUAAGUGAUCUUGCCAACGACAUUUUUGUCUGUGGCAAGUCUAUCAACUUGCUUCGACUGUGCACACCUGAGCAUUUCCUGUGUGAUGCUUCCAUCCCACCGCCAAGAAUGGAGGUGACGUUCUCCAUGCAGAAACUGAAGACUUGUGAUGAGCGGUGUCGUAGCUAUCUCAUGGCCGUGCAAAAGGUAGCGCAAGGCCUCAAAGACGAACGAGACAGCAAGAGGUUAGCAGUGGAAGAGAAAGCUGAAAAGGUUUUGCUGGAGGAAAAGGAGAAAGCUGAAAAGGCUUUUUCAGAAAUUACAGGGUUAAUAGAGCAGGUGCGACUCGCAGUAGAGGAAAAGAAGAGAGAAGAUCUCAAGAUGCUCAAGGAAGAAAUGGAAGAGGCCAUCAAACAACGAGAGCUUGAGAAAGAGCUGAAAGCAGAGGAAGACAAACGUUACAUGGAAGAGGCUGUAAAACGAGAAGCUCUCACUACCUCUGCUGCAGAGGAAUUGAAGGAGAAGGCCAGGCAAGAUCUGAUCAAGUACUACGAAGAGCUCACGGUUGAAAUGGAACGGCGCGAGCAGAGAGCCCAGUGGCAGAUACGCAGACAUGAGCUAGAUACUGAACGCAUCAAGUUCUUCGCCGAGGAGCGAGCCAAACUAGAGGCAUUACAUUACCUGCAUGAAAACGCCAAAGACACAGUUAGCUUACAAACCACAGAGGAUACAGUGUCUAGCAGUGAGCAGCCUGAUCAAAGUAGCCUUAGUGCUUCGAUUGCAACCCCAAAGGUUGAAGAAAGAAGCGACAUUAGCUCAGUACCAAGUCCAAGUUUGGUGUCACUCAUUGCAAGCGGGUUGAGAACGAACGCUUUAGUGCAGGCUGAGGCAAAGAAGUCCUUAAUGCAAGAACGCAGCGAGGCCGAUUCAGGAGUUGUGUCUGUCUCUAGACGUGAAGUUGAUGAUAAGAGAGAAUUUCCAAUAGGCCAGGAUUCGGAUGCUUUAGACACCCAUACCCUAGUGUCCGUACCCUCAUUUGAUGAGGAUGACACAGACGUGUCAGAGGCAUCCAGUGUAAACUAUGAAGGGCGCAAGAAAUGGACCAAGCCUAAGGAUGACGCUUCCUUGAGUCUGAAGCACGAAGGGAGGGAGCAGAUGCGGAAAGCGUGGGAAGCCCCUGCUGAGGGGGACAUCAAAUUGGCAGAAUCCAAAUUUCCUCACGGUCACCCUGCAGAAUCAUCCAUUCAAUUCACAAUGUAUGGUGAUAAACCUACUUCGUUACAAGUAGAAACCUCCAAGACUACUUCAGUGACUGAAAAACAACCCAAGACCGCACAUCCGGCGGAUUCUAGUCUACAGCAUCUCCUUUACCCGGAACCUGCAGAUACUCAGUCUUUUCACAGCCCAAGCGCAGCGGAUGUCACGCUAGAAUCUGUACUUAUUGAAGUUGGCACCCCGACCAGCGAAGCACAUGGACACCCUUUGGACUCAACAGUCAGCAACGUCAUGUACCCUACUCCAGGAGCUGGAAACACGCCAACGGCCACAGAGGCAACGAGGAACAAUGCAACACCACCUACUGAUAAAGACACAAUUCUCCAAGACUUCCUUCAAAGCAUCUCAUCGCCGGUACGCCGAGAGGGCCGGGCUAGCCAUCCUGCAGACUCCACCAUGACUGUAGUGCUGUAUCCUUCCGAGAACCUUCCGAUCAGCCCUUAUCCAGCGAGGCCUAGGUAUGGUCACCCUACGGAUUCGUCUGCCCAGGGGUAUCUUUAUCCUAGCUCAGAACACUCUGAAGGCUUACCUGAUGAGGGUUAUGAAGCUGGAACUAGACACACGAAGUCUGGGUACGGCCAUCCCUCAGAUUCGCAAUUCCAAGUGACAGAUGUGAAAACUAGUCCUGGACAUCCAAGAUCUGCGUACGGCCAUCCUUCAGAUUCGCAAUUCCAAGAGACAGAUGUGAAAACUAGUCCUGGACAUCCAAGAUCUGCGUACGGCCAUCCCUCAGAUUCGCAAUUCCAAGAGACAGAUGUUAAAACUAGUCCUGGACAUCCAAGAUCUGCGUACGGCCAUCCCUCAGAUUCGCAAUUCCAAGAGACAGGUGUGAAAACUAGUCCUGGACAUCCAAGAUCUGCAUUUGGCCAUCCAUCAGAUUCGCAAUUUCAGGAAAGUGAUUCAAAACUGGCAACAAAAACGAAACAUUCUAUGUCGGUCCAUGGACACCCUUCAGAUUCCCAAUGGCAACUAAAUCAAUCCUCUGUUAGCGAUCAACUACGCAAACCACAGUCUUUAUUCGGCCAUCCAUCGGACUCUCAGCUCGACAGACCAGACGACACACCAACAUCCCCACGUCAGCCUAGAUCAAAGUGGGGCCAUCCCUCGAGCAGUACUGUACAGAGAGUCCUCGGUGACAUCUCCUCUUUAUCUGAUUCCUCUGAUAUACCUCCUAAUGUGACAAACUCUACUAUUGGCCAGUCAGGAUUCCAGACCACCCGAGGAGUACCCCCUGCCGAGCACGCCAAGGCUCUACUAUACCCUGGAGUGUGUAGUGCAGGUCAGGAGGGGAAACCCGCGGUUUCUACACGUGGGCACGAACCAGCUGUGAGAAUCACACAGUUGAUGUAUCCAGCCCCCCUUGUUGAAGAAGAAAAACUCGAAAAAGCCAAACCGAUUGUGUUUGAAGAUAUCUGGAUGGCCUCUCAAGUUGAACCACUGCGCGAUGACUUUUCUGCUUUAGACGAUGUUCCGACAACAGACCUUUUGCGAGGAGCACUCAAAUUAGUACAGGACAAAGAUGAAGACGAGAGUGUUGACGCCGCCCAGCUGAUGUCUCUUCCAGUCCUUUUACAAAGAUCAGUCACUGCACCUCUUAUCGCUCAGAUAACGCUAGUUAACAAGGCCGUGGUCGAGUACUUUAUUGAGGAGCUUCAGGUGCAGCGGCACUUUGAUGUCUUCCGCAAGUUCCUGUUCAUGGAAGAUGGCGAAUUCUCACUUUCACUGUCUGAUCAGCUGUGUGAAAAGCUCUCAUCGGGUGUCUCCCCUCGUGAGCUGUGCUCCCCUACUGUAAUGAACGCCAUAGUGUCCCAUGCUCUUCAACUCUCCGUCUUCGCGGAUGCUUCGGGGUUUGAGCAGGAGCUGGCCUUUGCCCUCAAAUGGAUGCCCGAUAUGCUCAACGCUAACGAUAUUGCUGCCUUGGACUUUCUUGAGCUGCGUUACAAGGUUGAAUGGCCAGUGAAUAUUGUUAUCACUGAGAAUUCAAUUAUCAAAUAUAACAAGAUCUUCUCCUUCAUGUUGCGACUGAAGAGGGUCUCCUGGGUGUUAAGAGAUAUAUGGUUCCACUUGAAGCAUAUAGCGUUCUCCCGUGAUGCGGCCUCCUCACCUCAGCUGCGCCAACUCCAGCUGUACAGACACGAGAUGCAGCAUUUUGUGCAGAAUAUCGAGGGGUAUCUGUCCAACCAGAUUUUGACGGUUACAUGGGUGGAAUUCCAACAUGAGCUCGCCAACAACGUACGCGACCUGGACGAUCUCCACCACCAUCACGUGGAGUACCUGAACAAGGCAAUCUUUCGUUCACUGCUCAACAAGAAAGCCGCGCCUGUUAUGAAAAUCAUCAACGACAUCUUCAGUCUUGUACUCAAGUUCCGCGCGCAGCUUAACUCGUGUCCAUGGCAACAGGCCACGCCCCGAGGCCACGUGACCCACCCGUCCUUUAGUCUGAUGUGCAGCACCCAUAAGUCAUUCCAACAAUACUCAGGAUUCCUGGCAUCGGUUGUCAGCAAGCUGGUGCGGCGCGGCUACCAGUCACAUCUCGACGACUUCCUGCUCAGACUCAACUUCAAUGAUUUCUAUUCCACCUGACACCGACUUCUAUUCCACGUUUCACGGACUUCUAUUCCACGUGUUACGGAAUUCUACUCCACGUGGAAUGCACUUCGACUUCACGUGACACAGACUUCUAUUCCACGUGACAAGGACUUCUCUUCACGUGACAGAGACCUCAGCUCCACGUGACACGGACUUGGCAUGGACUCCUUUUCCAUGUAAAACGGACUUCAAUCCACGUUUGUUCAAACUUGUUGGCUUCUGUUGAUGCAGAGCGUGAUACAGUAAUACUGAGCAAGCUGCUACGUGAUUUAAAUUUGAUAUAUUUUUCUGCCAAUAGUAUACCACGCCCAGGCGAGAAGUGACGAAAACAUAGGAAAUAACUUGUCAAAAAUAGUGUAUAGAGCCAUGGAUAAACAAAUCACAAAUGUUCACUGCUU